AUGACACUAAACAAAAAUAAUAGGGUUAUCAGUAAUAGUAUAUAUUUACCGAAACAUUUACAAAAAGAAAUAAUUAUAUUUUAUUGUGAUCGAAUAAAUAGAGAUUAUCAAAUAUUUCAUAGCCAAAUACAGAAAGAAAUAAAUGAACAAAAAAAAGUAAUUAAAUUAGUUAUCGCAUUAUCAUUAGUUUGUAAAGAAUUUUUAAAGAUAGUUUCAAAAAAUAUAAUAGUAUCUAUAGAUUACUUAAAUAGCAUUGAUUUAUUUUAUUUAAAUAAUAGUGGCAUUGGUUAUAAUAGCAACAAUAAUAACAAUGGCAAUAAUAAUAGUUUUUUUUAUAGAUUAAAUAAUAACAAAGUACAUAUCCUUAAAAUAUUUUAUUGUGCAGAGUCACUAAAGUUUUAUGUAUACGAUAGAAAUGAUAGUAAAUUAUAUUUUACGAAAGAGAUGAUAAAUAAUUAUAUAAGGGGGUUUCAAAAUUUGAAAGUACUCUUAAUUAGAAAUUCCAUUAGCGAAAUUAUACCAUUUAACAGUAGUUUUUUAAUUGAUAUAGAAAAUACAAUAAAAUCAUUUAGUAAUAAUAAAAAUAGUUUAAAAAUAAAGUUAUACACCUUUCAAAUUGAUAGCGAUACAAGUUUUCAAAGGAUUUGUUUUUUAUAUUUAGAUUUAAAAUGUUCAAGCGAUUGCUUGGUUGUUCAAGAUUGUCAAAAUAAAAACAUAGCUAUUUUAUCAGUUUUGUUAUUGAUUCCAUCUUUAAAGUCUUUACGGAUUAUCAACUAUGGCUUCGAAAACUCUUUUCCUUUUUUAGAAUUAACAGGCCUUAUAUCAAGUUCGCACAACUUUUUACAAAAUUUAAUAAAUAGUUUUAAAAAUUACCAGAGCACACAUCAAUUCCAACAGCUUUUAAAUUAUGUCAAAAAAUUUAAAAAUGAUAACAAUUUUAUAAAUUUAAAUAGCUCCAAAUUUCCCCAAUAUAAUUAUUUAACAAAUAUUAGAAACUAUCAAUUAGAAUACAGAGAUGGUCACGAAAUUACAAAAUCAAUGUACUAUUUAUAUUUGGUUUUAAAAAAUUCAUGCAGCUUAGAAAGCUUGCUAUUUGGGUUUUGUAUGAAAUCUUUGGUCUAUAACUUAUCAUCACAAUCAGAAAGAAAGCAGUUCAAGUUAUUAGAUUGUCCAUGUGGUUCAAAUAUGAAUAACAGUAAAGAUUUCGAGGCGAGUUUUAGGUAUUUUUUUGAAGAGGUUACUCAUUUAUUUAAAGUUCAAUCAAAUUUAGAAAAAAUAACAAUACAUUUCAAUUGUUCAAUUAGUAAUAAUAGUAGUAACAGCUAUAACCAUAGUAAAAAGCCAACAAAGACUUUUUUAUAUUUAUUUGGUAAAUUAUUUUCCUCAAUUCCAAAUAUAACAACCAUUUGCUUAUACGACAUCAAAUGCCAGUUGCUUAUAGACAGUAUACUAUCAAAUAAUAAAUCAAUUAAAAACGUUUAUAUUUACAGUAGGGAAUCUAUACAUUUAAAUUCAUUUAUAUCUGUAGUUAACAAAUAUAACCAAUUAAAACUAUUUAUUGUUCAAAGUAUACCAAUACAUUUAAUCAACAACAACAUAGAAAACCUCAACAACACCAUCAACAAUAAUAACGAUCAUAGCAAUGGUAUAUUAUUUUUAUAUGAUAGGGACAUAAAAAAAAGAGAUUUCAAAUUUAAAAUGCCAGCAUACCUUUAUUUUAAAGGUACAAUUCAUAACGACUAUUCACCAUAUUUAAAUAUAGGUAUUCUUUUUUUAACAUUAGCUAUUUUUAGAUAUCAUAAAUAA